AUGAGAGUCAAGAUUAUCGGCGGUAAAAACAACUUCUGGCUCUGGACCAAGAAAGAUGGCUUCGAUCUUACCCAUCCACCAGCUCCAGAUUCACCACCGAUCUACCCCCGAAUCACUCUGAACACACGCGCUGAGAAAGCCACCAUCGACCCUGCAAAAACUGCUCUUGUCGUCGUUGACAUGCAGAACUAUUUCUUGUCGCCCCUUCUCGGCCGUCCUCCCAAAAGCCCUGGCCUAGAGAUCGUCAACAAACUCGUCAAACAGGUCAUUCCUGUGUGUCGCAGGGCUGGCAUACCAGUUGUGUGGCUGGGCUGGGGCAUUAAAGACAGCGACCUAGACGACAUGCCUCCGAGCAUCGCAAGGGGAUUCGACUUUCCUCUCGAUAAGAACUUUGUCAAACCCACAUUCCUGGGAGGUAUCGGAGCUGAGAUCGGAAAAGUCAAGUGUGAAGACGGAACACUCAUCGACGCGGGUAGAGUCAUGAUGCGAGAUCAGUGGAACACCGAGUUACAUCACAGUCUGAAGCGAAUCGCAGAACCACAAGACAUGUUCAUCAACAAGAAUCGACUUUCUGGUUUCUGGGGAGGAACUGGUAUUGAAGACACACUACGUAAGCGAGGCGUUGCAACGUUGCUGUUUGCGGGGGAGAAUACGGAUCAGUGCGUCUCUGAGACUAUUCGAGACGCUUACACUAAGGGCUGGGAUUGUUUAAUGCUCAGUGAUGCUUGUGCAACAACGAGUCCUGAGUUUGCCAAGAAGUGCACUGAGUAUAACUGUGAAGGAGGCUGGGGCUUUGUGUUGAGUUGCGAGGACUUGGCUGAUGGGGUGGAUGCUAUGGAUCAAGGAGUCUAG